GGGACCACCACCACGAUCAAUCAUGGCAAGUGCAGUGUCUGUACCAACGCAUCGAGACGCGAACGGAUACGAUGUAAACAACUUUGGUUGUUUGGUGAAAAAUUUACCGGAUGAAAACGAGCCUUCGCUCUUUUACGACAUUCCCAGAGAGGAAGCUAAUUUGACCACCCGGACAUACAAGGGAAACUUUUGGAGCCGUAUGACCGGUAGGGAUGAUAACUCCAGACUCUCUUGUGGUGCGGGACCUGGAACAUACGAUUUGCAGAAACCUGAAAACCCUGGAAAACUACUGGCGGAAAAGCUGAGGGAGUCGAGGAGGAAGACUUGCAAACAAACGCGAUACAUCGAAGCUGUGUUCACGAAAAACUUGCGGGAGGGCCACCCAGCACCCAAUGCAUACGCCAUCCCGAAAAGCCCGUUCGAUACUCAAGAAAUCUCCUGCGAGUGCCAAGAGUACAUUUUUAAGCCACCUCCGUUUGGACAAGGCGCCAAGAGGUUCGUGAACGUCACCGACGAGAAUCCAGCCCCUGGUUCGUACAAUCCAAUGAAAAGAAAAUGCUGUCCUGGUUCGAUAAUAUCCGCGCCAUUUGGAUCCCUGGCAUCGCGUUUCAAGUCAGCUGACGGCACGUUAUCGCCAGGGCCAGGAGAAUAUUUUCCACCAAACGAUGGUCUGGCUUAUGAAGCGUGCAAAAAGUGCCGGAGAAACUACGUCAAGUUGGGUUUCAACUCGUCGGUUAGCAGGACCUCAGCUCUCGUCGGUUCGGAUGGUCCCGGACCGGACAAGUACCCAACGGAUAUGGACAGAAAAGUAACUCCAAAGUCGGUACAUCACUCGGUAUUCAAGUCAACCACGAAACGGUUCAAGUAUACACAAAAAGAGUCAGUGGCACCAAAUGCUUACGAUGUAGCAACGGCGUACAAUGCGUGUCACAAGCCUUGCGAAUUUCUGAAAUGUCCUGAUGAUGCGCCAUUUAAUUCGAAGCAAAUUCGUAUGCCGGAUGUACCGAACUGGAUGGACAUAAACGUCCCUGGUCCGGGUUUGACCAACAUGAGGGGAGACAUAUCCAAGAAUGUGAAGGGUGGUUCGAUUGCCCACGGGCGAAGAUUCAGGAAGGCGGUUACGGAAACGGGUCCAGGACCACAGGAUUACUGUCUUCAUCCGUAUUCGGCGUCUUCAAUUCUGCAGAGACACUUUAACGUCACUCUUGGUAAGCCAAAAGUGCUGAAGGAUUUACAACCACCCGAAAUCCCCUGGGUACGUCGACUGAGGACGAAAAAAAUUCUCCGUUCAUUCAGCAAAGCCGUUGCAGAGAAGAACCACGCAUUCUGCAACUCGCACAGACAUUAGUGCCUCCUUUUUUUUACACAUACGA